CAGACGGCGUGGGCGGUUGUGGGACUGUUGGAGGCCGAGUAUCCGGAUAAGGAGCCGAUUAGGAGGGGGGUGAAGUUGAUGAUGGAAAGGCAGAGGGGGAAUGGGGAGUGGGUGCAGGAAGGGAUCGAGGGGGUUUUCAAUAAGAGUUGUAUGAUUUCCUACCCAAACUACAAGUUCAUUUUCCCGAUCAAGGCAUUGGGCAUGUAUGCGAGGAGGUUUGGGGAUGAGGAGAUUUUGUAG